UGAAACAUAUUCAAGAAAAAAAAAAAAAAAAAAAAAGUAAAAGGGAUCAGAGAGAGAGAGAAGUACGAACCCAGAAAAAGAAAAAGAGGGAAAAAAUGGUGAAGACUCCUUCGGUUGACAAAAAUGGAAUCAAGAAAGGGUUGUGGAGUAAAGAAGAAGACAAUAAACUAAAAACCUUCAUUGAAAGCCAUGGGCAUAAGAACUGGCGACAAUUGCCUAAAAUUGCCGGUUUGUCACGCUGCGGAAAGAGUUGCAGGCUGCGAUGGAUGAAUUACCUGAGGCCCGGGUUGAAGAAGGGGGGCUUUAGCGUCCAAGAAGAUGAGAUUAUUAUUGGACUACACAACAAGCUUGGAAACAAGUGGUCUGCCAUUGCUGAACUCCUGCCUGGAAGAAGUGACAACGAGAUAAAAAACCACUGGCACACUCAUCUCAAGAAGAGAGCGAAAGAAACCCAGAAACCAGAAGAAUCAAUGGAGUUAUUGCCGCCAACUGCGGAAACCUCAGAAAUUUCAGAUUUCGAGUUCAACCCGCAGGAAGACAUUUUUAACAUUCUUAAUCCUGACGAGGUUUCAUUACCUCAAAACUCACAAACUGUCGAUAAUAUUCCACUGUCCCAGGAAGUAUCUGCGGCUUCCGGUGGCGGCAUAUCGUCAUCGUCGUCUUCAAGCUCAAUCUCCGACUGGAUAAUAGACGACAUCAGCACGAUUUCCUUAGAAUCAUUUAUGGACCCUCUCGAAAGCUUCUGGACUGAACCCUUUGUUGCAGAUACUUUAUUAUACCCCAAAAAUGUGGGUUAUCCUGUCACACUUUUUGAAGGCGAAAACUUUCCAGUACAGACAUCACUACUGGGAGGCGAUAUUGUGCCAACUUACUUUGAAGAUGCCACAUGGUAUUGAUUUUGUGACACCAUGUGGAUGGCAUGUAAUUCAACUUUUUCAAUCGAGUUUAUGAAGUUAAUUUAAAUUUAUAUAUUAAUUAUUAGUGAGUAUUGUUGUGUC